AUGGAGAUGGUCCUCAUCUUCACCUUCUGCCUGAUUCUAGACAUUCCUGUUAAUUCUAAAUCUCCGGCUAAAGACUCCAGAUUCUCUCUGUAUGACGACACAACAGCAAAAGUCUUCACCGUCAACAUCACUGAUCUGAGACCAGAGGAUGAAGGAACUUACUGGUGUGGGAUAGAGGGGAUAGUGUAUGAUUCUUACACAGAGAUUCAGCUUCUGUUUAAAAUGGAUGAUCCUUCCAUCCAUAUUGUCUCAUCCACCACACACCCCACACACUCCACGAGUCCAUCAGUGCAUGCCGAGAUCACACAUUCAACAACAGAAAUGUCAACCGUCAUCACGGCUGUGUCUGUGGUUCUAGUGCUGCUUCUCUUUUCCCUUUUAUUUGCCGUUGCCCUAGAGAGGAAAAAGCACCAAGGUUCCUCUGCAGCCCAACUGACUCAAAGCUCCUCAAAGCACAAAGUGGUUCCAUGUCCUGAUUAUGAGGAGAUUAAAGACGCCAGAAUUCUUACUAACUCAAUUUACUCCACUGCUCCACCUCCCUCAAAACACUUUGAGAUUUAUGCCAACACUGAAUUACCCACAGGUUACUCUGAUCAUCUGCAAGCUGUUUAUACUACAGUAGAUCACCCAUCAGCUCCUCCUGAUCAGGACUUCUACUCCACAGCUCAGUUACCCACAAUUUCCUCUGACUCAUCAGUCAGCGCUGCUCCACCAUCAGUUGUGAAAUCUGCUGAAAGACUAACAUACGCAGAAGUGAGUUUUGGCACCAGGUCUAAUGAUGCAGCUCCAAAAGUGAUCUACAAACAUGAAAAUAACUCAUGUGAAUAUGAUAAUGUUAACAUAACUGAAUACCACUAGUUAGCAGACAUUAUCAGGUGAUAAGCUUACAAGGUAUUUGUAAGUUAAAGCACCCAUCAUAUUACGGAACAUUAUGUGCUGUUUUAAAUACAUAUAGUGCUGAUUAGUUCUCAAGCCUGAAUAUGGUCAAAUGCCAAAUCUGGUGUUUAAUUUUCCAAAUAACAGUUCCGACAACAGUUCUUAAAAAAAUUAAAAAUAUUUAAAACAACUGUCAAAUAUAAGUGGAUCAGUAGUUAAAUGUAAGCAACACACAUUAUUUCUUACUUCGUAAACAAUCAUCGUGUUUUUCGGUGCAGAAUUAUAUUUCUAGUUUCACUAAUUUCAGUGUAUUUAUAAAAUUUUGCAUUAAUUAUUAAUAAAGAUUUGAGUGAAAUUUGUGGCAUUAAAUUACACUACAUUGUGGAUAAAAACUAUUUGCGAGUCAUUUUGUCCAUGACACUUCUGUAUCAUCUUGCAUAUGGCACAAAUGUGAAUAGAUUGAGUUGUGGAUGUGUAUUUCCCUUUAUAAUGUGAUGAGCCCCCCUGGGAACCCUAGUGCUAUAAAUGUCCUGAAAUUGAAGGA